AUGAAGUUCUUGUUGGCUAUCCUCCUGGCUAUCCUCUUGGCUCUGCCAGAGAUCUUUGCAGUCCCCAAGAUCAUCCGUCGCCAGACUGCACACACUCUUGCAGAAAAAUGGAUCGCUCAGAUCAACGAGGACUCGCCUUUGGCUUCGAUCCUGACCACCGUUCAGGCUCAUGCCGGUAUUCAAGCCUGCCAACAAUACAAGAUUGAAUGCUUCAAGGACCUCUCGUUCGACGGCGACGAUGCCAUGUUGGACCUGCUGGAGACUGUCGGUGCCAUCAAGUCCAUCUAG